AUCAUAAUAAUAAUAGUUCCGGUGGUAAUGAUAAAAAUAAUACAUCCAUUUCAACAACUUCAAUUCCAACCACUUCAUCUAUUUCGACAACAUCGACAACGACAACAGGCAAUAAUAAUAAUCCAGCAAGUAGCAUAUUCUAUACGGCAAUGACUUGUUAUACAAAUCCAGAUAUUGGAUCAAAUAAAGAUCAAACAAAUUCUUAUCAUCAUCAUCCAACUAGUGGUGGUAGUGGUGCUGGUGAUCAUUAUCUUCCAUUAUCAUCAUCAUAUCAUCCAUCAAUAUCGAUUGAUCAACAACCAUAUCAAUUGGCCAAUUCAACAUCAACAUCAACGUCGUCAUUGAAUCGUUAUAAUGGACAAUCAUCAUUCAAUAAUGUUGAUGAUAAUAGCAAUAUGUUACAUAAUGGUGGUGGUGGUGGUGGUGGAAUCGUUGAAAGUGAAACAUUCUAUCAUGAAAGACGCCGUUAUCAUUUUUUACCGCAUUCCAAUUCCAAUUCAUCAUCAUCAUCAUCAUCUGUGUCAUCAUCAACAAAUUCAAAUUUAGAUUCCAAUAAUUCAUCAUCAAAUGGAUCAUCAUCAUCAUCAUCGUCUGUUGCCAAUAAUGCAUUAGUUCCAGUAACGGGUGAAAAUUCCAAUCAAUUACAAUCAUCAUCGACAACAACACAAAUGACAGAUCUGGUAAAUAAUCCAUUCGGUGCAAUAACGCCAUCUGGUGGUGGUCAUCAUACAACAGUAAUGCAAAGUUCAAUUAUAAAUCAAUCGAAUCAUUAUCACCAUCAUUAUCAUCAUUAUCAUUAUUAUUGUCCAACUAAUCUACAUUAG